AUGGAGGCGUUUCAGCCACUGCUCUCGCAUCCUAUCUGGACAGCAGUCAUUGCAUACACACUGUAUGCCGUCGGGCUGGCUGUCUAUCGACUAUGGUUCUCGCCAUUAGCGAAGUUUCCGGGGCCAAAACUGGCUGCCAUGACGGCAUGGUAUGAGUUCUAUUACGAUGCUAUCCUGCAUGGAAAGUAUACAUUCGAAAUUGCCCGGAUGCACAAAAAAUAUGGACCGAUUGUGCGUAUCAGUCCCUGGGAGCUCCAUGUAGACGAUCCGGACUUCUAUGAAGUCCUCUAUUCACGCGACAGCCCCCGCAACAAGUAUAAGUUCUAUGCGAACAUGUUCGGCAAUCCGAAGGCGGCAAUCGCUAUCCUAGACCAUUCGCAUCAUCGUCUAUUGAGGUCGAAUAUGAACCCGUAUUUCUCAAUGUCGCGGGUCCGUCAGUUGGAACCGGAAAUCCAGGCCCUAGCGGAUAAACUCUGCGAUCGCUUGAAAGAGUAUGAGAAUACAGGCGUCGCCAUCAAUGCCCAGCACGCUUAUAGCUGUCUGGCGACCGACGUCAUAUCCGACUAUACAAUGGGAGCUGGCUUUCAUUAUCUGGAUGCCCCUGAUUUCGUUCCACAGUGGAGUGAAACUCUGAGUGGAAUCGCGAAGAGCAGUGCAUUCUUCAAGCCUUUUCCAUGGCUGCUAUCUUUGCUGAAAGCCUUCCCCGAAGAUAUAGUCGCUCGACUCGAUCCAGGAAUGGGGCUGAUGUUCAAGUUCCAGCGUCGCUGCGGAGUGCUCAUCGAUUCUAUUAUUGCAUCCCAGGGGGACGAAGAGGAGAAAAAGAAAUAUGCGCACCCUACUUUCUUCCACGACGUCCUCGAGAGCAACUUACCCCCAGAGGAGAAAAGUGCUGAACGUCUAGCGCAAGAAAUCCAAGUCGUGAUAGGUGCUGGCGGCGAAACGGUCGCUAAAAUGCUGAGUUGGACCACAUACUAUCUGCUUGAGAAUCCGGAAAAGUUGCAGAAAUUGAGAGAAGAGUUAGAUCGUCUUGACCCUGAGCACACCGCUUCGCUGGUGGACCUUGAAAAGAUGCCCUAUCUGACGUCGGUUAUGCUUGAAGGACUCAGACUCUCAUAUGGAGUUUCCACACGCUUAGCAAGAAUUGCCCCCGACCGUACUCUUCAGUAUAAAGAAUGGUCGAUUCCAGCUGGAACCCCAGUGGGAAUGACCAGUGUCUUCAUGCACCAUAACGAGAAAAUCUUCCCUGACUCAUACAGCUUCGUCCCUGAGCGGUGGUUGGAUCCUGAACAGCGCAAGCACCUCGAAAAGUAUCUAGUCGCCUUCACUAAAGGAUCGCGACAGUGCAUUGGAAUGAAUCUCGCACGAGCUGAAAUGCUUAUCGUCAUGGCUAAGGUCUUCCGCAACAUUAACUUCAAGCUAUUCGAGACGACGCGAGAAGAUGUCACGCUUGCACAUGAGUUAUUCCUUCCGUUCCCCAAGAAAGAAAGCAAGGGUGUCCGGGUGCUAGUCACGUCUUGA